UCCCAGCGCCGCAGCGCAGAGGGUCGCAGACCAUUUCGGCGUUUCCUCCGCUGGCGCAACCCUAGACACGGCACGGCCGGCGGCGAGGCGCCGUAGGCGUCCGGCGUGGGUCGUGCCUCCGUUCCUCGCCCCUCUGGCCCGCGCGCACGGCGUCGCCUUCCCUGUUCGUUUUGCUCCCUUUUCUCCGGCGCUCCUGCAGCAACUGAGCCACUCUUCUGAAGCAAUGAGUACGUGUAAAAAGGCCAGGGCGGAAGCUACAUCUUUUGUGGGUUCAGACAGACUGAGCAGUCUACCUCCAGAGAUAAAGGGCGACAUCCUCUCCCGUUUGAAGGUCGAAGAAGCGGUUAGGACUAGCAUCUUAUCAAGUACUUGGAGGGAUGCAUGGGCUAAUAUGCCAGCAAUAUCUCUGCGCAAUGGAGAUUUCGCACGAACCAAGUUCGUUAUGUUGGUCGAUAUGGUGCUAGCACUCUACAAGGGAACCAUAGAAGAAUUUGAUAUAUCAGGUAAAAGAAGUUACCAUGAUGAAUUCGCUAGGUGGAUGCUCAUGCUGUCAAGGAGAUCACCAAGAUCAGUUGUAAUCAAGUUGAACUCAGGGCUAGAGUAUAGGAUUCCCUCAUGCCUCUUUUCUAUCGUCGAUCUGAAGUCUCCGCGACUGAAAAACUGCAUUAUCAGCUUGCCCCGGGUAUUCCAAGGUUUCAAGAGACUAACUUACCUCAGCCUGAGCAUUUUCUCCUCCACGGACAGGGAUAUCCAAAAUUUGAUCUCCUUUUGCCCUGAACUGACUGAUUUGAGAUUAACUUCUUUUGAGGGCAUCAACUGUCUAAACAUUCAAGCCCCUAAACUGGAAUAUCUUUGUGUUGUUGGGGACAUUGAAGACAUUAAUUUGGAUGCCCCUAAUCUGGACGAGGCCAUUCUCUGUCUUGAUCAGAAAGCUAAAUCGUAUCAAUCUGUUCCAGUUGCGCAUAACAAGGAAAGCAAUGUCACGUCAUUGGAAAGCUAAGUGGCAUUAAAAAACUUGGAAUUAUUGGCACUUUCAUGAAGGGGUGCAUACUUACGAAGCUCCCUGCCGUGUUUACUCGCCUGGAAGAUAUUGGUUUUAUGAUAAAUUUUGAGGAUCAGAGACAAGUCUUGACCGCGUGUUCAUUGUUACAGAAUGCCCCUAACUUGAAGAAGCUUCUCAUGUGG